GUAGACCAGUGGGACGAAAUAACAGGAGGAUCAACCGUGGUAUCGUGGAGGAGUGCUGCUUUCGGAGCUGCGACCUGGCUCUGCUGGAAACCUACUGUGCCAAGUCCGUCAAGUCAGAGCGUGACCUCUCCGCCACCUCCCUUGCGGGCCUCCCAGCCCUCAACAAGGAGAGCUUCCAGAAGCCAUCUCACGCCAAGUACUCCAAGUACAACGUGUGGCAGAAGAAGAGCUCGCAGCGGCUGCAGCGGGAGGUGCCUGGCAUCCUGCGUGCCCGCCGGUACCGGUGGCAGGCAGAGGGGCUGCAAGCAGCCGAGGAAGCCAGGGCGAUGCAUCGUCCCCUCAUCUCCUUGCCCAGCCAGCGGCCCCCGGCGCCGCGGGCAUCCCCUGAAGCGACCGGCCCCCAGGAAUGAACUGUGACCGGCCGGCUCGAUUUGUGAUCUCCCGGGGAGAGACUGGCGAGACUCGGCCCCCCCUGAGCCCCUCCGUCCCCAAGCCGAGGAGCGGGGCGGCAGGCACCAUCACGCCGCUCCGGCCCCAACCAAACAACUGACACAAGCAAGGAGGGGAUGGCAGCGGCCGUGUGCAGCGUCCUCCUUUUGGGGUGGGGGG